AUGUUGACACAUGUGCUGCAAAAUCAACACGUACGCCGCGCCUGGAGAUUUUUGCGGCCGGGAAACGGUGCGGAGCAAUGUUGCGACGCAGAGGGGUUGGUACUUGAUGCGAAGCACCCAAGUACUGUCACCAGCGAAAGUCGUCCUGAGAAUGGAAGUUCGACAAGUCGGAAAGAGACUGCGAAGGCCAACGUUUUGGCAAUCGACCCUUCAGUAGAGCAGGACACGGCGCACGAUCCGAGCCAAGAUGCGCCCGUUGAGGGUAUGCAGCCGUUGGACGAACCGACUGGGUGUGCUCGGGAAGGCGAGCCGACAGAUGGUGGUUAUGAGGAGUGCGAAUUGGUAGAAGAAGCGGAGGAGGACUACACCAAUGGUCCGUGCAGACUCAUGGCAGUUCCUGACGCCGGCAAGAUCAGUGUUGCUCUCAUGCUGAAGUUUGAUCUUUCGGGACGCAUACAAGAAGCAAUUCAAGCGCAACGCCUGCAUCAAAGGAAGCAGACGCACACUGAGCUUCAGCUUGCGGAGAUUGAACGUUUCGAGGACACGCUGCAUGAUGUGAUGGGAGAUAAGGAAUGCCGCCUCGCCGCUGAAGACGGAGGCGAGGAAUCAGAAGAUGAUGAUAUUGCGCCACUACGUCGCGAGCUUGAGAUCCUGCAAAUCCUGGUGGAUAACACAAAGAUGAGGAAAAAAGUACUGAAUAAUCAAUUCCAAUGGUGUAGUGAAGAUUUGCUGGAGAGGCAUGCCGCAGUGAUGGAGUACCUGAACGCAGCAUUUACUCGCGCUUUGUUGGUAGAGCCUGGAGAUGAACCGACAGAGCCGAUCCAGAUGCUCGACCUGGAACAGGAGUAUCAACAAGUCCACAAGGCACUGUACGGAGACAACGAGGCUGGUUCUGAAGACUAUGUCCCAGAGCCCAUGACUGUCGAAGAUCCGAACAUGUAUAUCAACGACAUCGCUACUCAAAGCCCUGAAGAGGUUGCCGACUCAGAGAUGAAUGACGCUAUUUGGAAAGCACGUAUGACUCGCGAUGAGGCUGAACGCCACUUCAAUUCCAGAGGAGACAGGCGCGACCAAGAGUGGCAAGAUCAUCGUAUGGCGGAGUUCAACGGAUUACCAACCCGUGACAGCAGUGCAGAGGAGUUUGAUUUGCGAUGGGUAGUCGAGGAUAGGCUUACUACGAGAGCGUUGAUCGAAGCAGAGGAGAACCUUAUGAAGGCCAAAGCAGCUGCAGUAGACGCUGGCAUCGAGGUGAUUGAACCGGAAGACGACAUCCCGGAAUGGCAAUACGAGUGUCCUGGUCAUCACUUGAGUGGGGAGAAAGAAGUGGGUAUCAUAAUACCGAAUGCAAGGAUAGAGAUUUGGCGGAAUACUGUGACAGAACUCGCGGAACCGGGCAAGCUUCAUGAAGAUGAUGCAGAGUCAGCCGUAUGGGCGGUACACUUGGACUUUUGGGAAUCUCGAGAAGUUGAGAUGGGCGACAGUGGCAGCUGCGUGGAUAUCGAAUGGUAUCCGGAGGAAAUUGCGAAGUGGCAGAAAGCUCUGAAUGUGCCGAGGAUCCAGCGAUCGAACAGCAUAUAG